GCAGCAGUUCGCGCGCUUUUCUUCAUUGUGAAAAAAAAAACCUUGUGGCAUUAACUUUUGCCCACUUAUAUAUUUAAUAAUAGUCAACUAAAAGAUAACGCAAACACAGAAAUGGAUACCGAAGACGUUGCAAAAGCGGGGGAAGCAUACCACACCGUGCAGCUGUCGACCAAAGAAGUGCUUUCGUCUGGUCGUCGUCAGAAUUAUUGCACCAUGAUAAACUUGCUGGCCAGCAGCUGCAAGACUUCGGGCCUGAUAGGCACUUCCUUCACUGAUAAUGAACUCGUUGAAUUCUGGCUGGGCGAAAUCCUACCGCUGAUGUUCGACGCAGACCGGAACAUACAGAACUGUGCCGUGGCCGCGAUGGCGGAGGCUCUGGUGGCCCUGGACGUGAGCGUGAUACAUGCAGCGAGCUGUUGGCAGCAAUUGAGGAGCGACUUUGUCAACAAGUACAUACCGCUGAUUGGGGAGAUGCGAGAUGCAAAGAACCCAAACUGGCACAAGAUCUGGACACUGUUGGUGCAGAUAAUGGACGAGGAGCUGCUGCGGGGCUGCACCUACAUCAACAAAUUCCUGUCCAUCGUUGAGCUGGGCUUCCGCAAUGUAGACCACGCAGUGCGCUCCGAGUCCUUCCUCUGCUGGCGCGUGCUCAUAAAGAUUUUCGCUGCCUACGAUGAGCUGGCAUCCUCGAAGCGCCUUCGCCUGCUCUUGAUACCCCUGCGCACCUCUCAGUCGCGCUCCUCUCAUGUGAGCGGAAUCAAGCUGAGGGUCUGGUGGUACCUCAUCACCUGCCUGCACUCGGAGCUGCCAAAGACCUUCGACAAUGCCGUCGAGCACUUCCUCAGCUUCACAUUUGGCGGGGGCCCGCGAGGUCUUGCCACCGGAUUGGCCCAUAACUAUCAGUCAUCCCGGGAGCUCGCUCUGCCCUGCUUGGUCUCGCUGUGGAAUGUAGACUUCAGUGAGCCCCUGCAGCGUCUGAUGCGUGACCUACGCCUGGAGACCCUCGCCCAGCCCUCACCAUUGAUGAGUGAGGAGGUCCUGCAGCAGCACUGGCGUCCCCUGCUGGCGGCCGCAGUGGCCGGCAUGAAGCUGCUCAGCGAGAACGACUCGACGGAGUCGGAGCAGCUGUUGCUCCAACUACUGAUGCGCAACCUAUGCCUGGCAAUGUUCAGGCUGGGCGUUGCACCCUUCAACAUAGCCUGCUGCGGGGAAAUCGAGUCGAGUCUGCUAUACGCUGACGGCUCAACUGGUCGCGUAGUGCGUGCCGUUUUCAACACCAUAGCGAGCGAGACCCUAGAGAUGAAGCGUGUGGCCGGCAGCGACUUCCUGGACGUCCUCGAGGCGUACCUGAAGCUGUGCCUCAAGGCCAAGAAGGAGGUGCCGCCGUCCAUACUGCAGAGAUGCAUAUCGUCGAUUUUCGCCACAAACAACAUUGAUGCCAGCAACCAAAAUGAGUUUCGUUUGCUCAGCUCGUUCGCGGAGCUCCUGAUGCAGCCCAACGAGGAGGAGGAUCACGAAGACUUUGCCGUUAAGCUGCACAUCUGGCGACAGGUGUCACAGGCCAUGACCAGCUACCUGCGCGACAAUGCGCUCGAGUAUCGACUGCCGCAUAAUGCCGCCCUGCUGGACACUUGGGUGCUGUGGCCUCUGCAGACCUGCGCCGCCUUUGCCGGCCGCCGCGUGAGCAACGUCUUCGACAGCAGCUUCUGCGAGCAGUGGCGACAGCUCAUCAACGCCGGCCAGAACGGCCCCGAUAGGAAGAAGUUCUUGGGGGACCUGAAGACGACCUUGGUCGAUCUGCUGAAGAGCAAAGAUGAGCCGCUCUUCUACGAGUUCUUCGACGCGUAUGUGUCCGCAGUGCUCAAGCUGGGCCUCUGCAAAGAUCCUCCCCUGUACAAGGAUGUAUUCGGCCUGCUCCAGGCCGUGUUUGAGCAUCCGACGCAGCCGAUCCUGGAGGCCUGCCUCAAUACGCUGCGUAAUGUGAUUCUUGAUUUGCGCCAGAACGAACUGAUGGUGGUCUUUGAUGCCCUAAAGCCGACUUUAACGGCUGCCAUUCAGUGCUGGAACAAGCAAAAGUGCGAGGGCAGCUUUCUGGACGAGUGGAAGCGGUCCAUUCAGGAGAAGUUCCGCAAGCUGCAAAUGAAGACGAUGGCCAACCAGCUAAGGGAUAUCUUCAAGGGCGAGGAUCUGUUCGUUAUCAUACCCUCUGUGUGGAGCUUGAAUCCGGAGAAACUGACGGAUCGCCAGAAGGAACGCUUCGCGGAGAAAUCGGACAUUCCCGCUCUGUACAAUGACAUGAGCCAGUCCCAGGACUCUUCCUCAAUUAAGCCGUGGACGCCCAAGAAAGUGGUGAUUGCCAAGAGCAAGCAGGGCGAACUGGCCAUCGCAGCCGAGGAUAAUAACGAGGAUGAUGUGAUCGUUAUCUCGGAAAGCCUGCCCGUCGUCGAGCCGGCCGUCACUCCCAGUCGCAAGAGACAAGAGGCUGCCAAUCCCGGUACCGAUCCAAGCACAGAGAAUAAAUUCCGCAAGCCACGCACUCUGGCGGAAACAUUGGAGGAGCCCAGUGAGGAGUUGCCUAUGCGUCAGACCCGGAAGCGUGCAGCGAUGAAAGAAGCGGAAACACAGCCACCACCUGCCACGCCCGAGCGACAGCUACGGUCGCCCAAGAAGACACAGCCACUGCCAUUGCCACUGCCAGUGGCUUCCCCCUCUACUAGUUUAGCAGCUGUCGGCAAAAUAAGGAUCGCAAAAUCCACCCCCAUGCAAAGCGAAGAUUUAUUCCCAGAGGCAGCAACUGCUGCUGCUGAUCCUCUGGAUACCCAGUUAACCCCACCGGAUAUGCCAGUGGAACCGAUAGCCUCCACUCAAUUCCUGCCCGGAAGCAGUGCGGAGGCAAUUCCCGCUUCAGAGACCUCGCCAAGGAAACCCAGUGCUCGCUUGUGCAAUUUGAAUUCUCCACCGGAUCGCAAGCAGACCAACAACUCCACCAGCCCCACACUGCGGCCGAAGCCAACUGGGCACUUGACCGGACGUGGGGCUCAGCUGAUCAAUAUGAUUCGCAACAAGAAACUGGACGGUGGCGGUGGCUCUAUCUCGCCGUAUGCCCCCCUGUCGGGUCGUGUUCAGGUCACUCCGGCCCGUGUGCUCGACCGUGCAGAGCAGAUGUUCACGCCCACCAGUGAGCUGAACGAGCUGACGGGCACAGAGCAUACGUCCACCCCCAUACACGCCAAAGAGUUGCUGGUGUUCUCGAAGCGUCUGCCCUCUCCCUCGGCCAGUCCGUCGGUGAGCAUCCUGAAGCGAAAGUUGCGCUGUGAGAGCAUCGAUGACUCCAUGUCGUACGAGUCGCCAGCCCUGAAGCGCAAGCGUGUAAGUUUCCACGAUCCACCCGUGUCUGUGACCAAGGAAUAUCUGCGGGACGCGGACGAGAGUCGCAGCAGCAAGCCCAAGCGCUGUCUGCUGAUGGACAAGAUCGCCCAGACAUCCGCACUGAAGCGCCGUGGUCGCCUGGACAGCAUCAUUGAGAUUGAGAGGUUUGCCCACGAGCAAACGGCCAGGUCAGCCACAGCGGACAAAAUGCUUGACAAGUCCACAGAUGUUGUGGAGGAGGAGGCUUUCACCACCCUCAAAUGGAACGACUCAACAACGACGACCCCCAAUUCCAAUGCCGGGGCAGCCAACACUGGGGAGAGCCACAAGAAAUCGAGGACAGAGACCGCAGUCUGCCAGGAUCUGGCUAUUAUGGACACAGACAAGGCGCUAGAUCUGUUGGUGAGCCAGUGCCCCCUGGAGACCGUUCUGCAGCGCUACUUUGACGAGGCCGCAGGCCCCCCUCAGAAGAGUGCCAGCAUUGUGGCCAAGUUCCUGUCCAGCCAAAUGAGCAAUAACGAUAAGCUCAAGACGAAUGUGCUGGAGACACUUUCCGAGAAUCAUUCCAAGGACUUUCUGGACCACGCCGUGCGCGAGAACCUCUCGUCGGUGGUGUGUGAUCGGCUCAAUCUGAACUCGGUGCUCGACUACAUAUGCGCCAAGUCCAAGAUCAACAACAACUGCCGUAACAGCCUGUUGGCCCAGGUCCCUGACAUCCUCCAGAGCGGCAAUCGCUCCGACACGGAGCGCUUUGCUUUCGUACAGCAGUUGCUGCUCCAGUGCAGUCCCAGCGAUGACCAACUGUUUGAUCUCAUCAACACCCUGAUACGUGCUCGCAGCGAACGUAACACAAACAGAAGCAGCAGCAGCGCCAGCGGCAGCGUAACUAUUGCCAGCGGCAGUGUAGACAAUGUGGCCGAAACAGCCGCGGACUCUUCCUCUAAUUUGUAGAGAGAUCCUGACAGAAAACAUAAAUAAAUGUAUUUAUUGCUGUCGAAGGAUACGUACUACUUGGAUCUUAGUUUAGCUUUAGGUUUAUCUUUAAGUGGAUUAUGCUAAUACCAUAAGUUAAAAGUUUCGCAUUUAUAUUGCAAAGUUUUGAAUAAAUCAAGUUUUCAAUUUUUAAACCUACAAUUUUGAAA